AUGCCCAUUAACUCAGCUAUCAGCAUACUGUGUCAGAGAACUAACGACAGCUCACCCUCCUCAAGGUCACAGCCCCUUCCUGGCUUCUGCCAAUACUUGCCAGACGACCCAUCAUUUCAGCCCCACAACUCGACCAUCAUAAGAAUCUCAUUCGAGGGGUUGCAGGUCAGCCAACCUGGCAUCCCCUUUCGUUUCUACGUGGACUCGACCAUCUAUAAACUGAUUAUAAAAGUCAACAGCAGUGACCCUUUGGCCACUACCAUUUUAGACCCCUCAGGCACAGUUCUCAACACCAGGGUCAGAAAAUCUGCGGACACCAUCAUCUCUACCAGGUCAGCAACCAUCAGCAGACGACAGACAACAGACCUCAGUCAUGUACAGCCUCCACAUCCACCUCACCACCACCAGCUAUCACCAUCACCGCUGUGGUACAGCCGUACAGCCAAGAUGAUAACUCGUCAUACAGCUGUUUACAAUAAAUCACCUCCAGAAUAUUCUAGAACUUCUGGUAAACUAAACAACGAAAAUAUAUUAAAAAGCUUUCGGGAUAAAUUUCAAAGGAAAAAAUUCAAAGAUUAUUAUUACUCGACAUCGAAAAAAGCAGAAGUUUCAAGGACUAAUAAUCGUAGGAAAUUUACCCCUAUGCAGCAUCACAGGGAGCUAUUAAUGAAUCAACCAACGUCAUUUGAUAGGAGUGAAGAUACAGUUGUCAGUCGUUUAAAAAGACGGGCUAUGUUAAUGACGAUGGCGGAGGCUGAACCUCUUGCAGUGUGGGAGAUUGAACCCCCUCAGACAGGUCUGUGGGCCAUCAUAUAUCAUACAACAACGUUGUUUAUAUGUUAUGUUUCAGGUCUGUGGGCCAUCAGUGCUGAUGGCCCAGGCACCAAGAUGAUGCUGGUUACUGCUGUCACUAGCUUAGAGUUCUCCUUCACUUUUCUCAACAUGGACCUACAAACCCUGGAGGAGCCACCCAUUGCUAACCAGUCGACAUUGGCCAGGAUUUUUAUCACCGCCUCCCCCUGCGUCAGUAAGAUCACCGUCAUCGAUGUGGUCAGUGACCUGGGCGUGGUCCUACAGAACGCCGCCAUCGACGACCUGACCACCCUCCAGGGUUCCACCUUCACAGACACCGGCAUCAUCUACUUCGUGUCCCCGCCCAUUCCAUUUUAUUUGCUACUUCAUGGCUAUGACGUCAACGGCUUGCAGUUCCAGCGUCAGAGUUCGGUUCGUGUGGUGCCCCGGAUGUUCGUCAUCUCGCUCGUCGAGGCUAUACAAGUUGUGAUUGUGCCUGGGAACGACGAAAGGUUUGCCUUCAUGUUGAGGAACAGGGACAGUCAUGACGUGUUCAAGAUCACCGUGACCUUCGAUAACCAGUGUUUCAGCGGAAAAGCCGUACCCAGCAUACUGCAGGCAGAUCAGAACGGCAUCAAUUACAUAGCCGUAGUGGCCAGCGUCAACGCUACUCUGACGUCACGUGAAACGGGCGUGAUGACAGUGACAGCCAUGCGGAUGUCUGACAAGAUGACAGACAGCGUUGUUGUCAGUGUGCAGGCCAUGCCUGCCACGUAUCAAAGUGACCACACCCCACCUGUCUGCGGAAUCCCGGAGAAGCGGGGCGGCUGCCGGUUGGGUCAGGCGUGCCACGUCCAGCACUGGUCAGCUAAAGUCCAGGUAACGGACCACGUGACUGGGGUCAAGUCUGCCGAGUUCAUCAAUGUUCCACAGGGCGCCUACACCAACGUGGAGUUUUCUUACUCCGUCGGAAACAGAUCCGCCACCGCCGAGUAUAGGUUCACCUGCUGCAACAUCAAGGCCAGACUGGAGGUCAGCGACUACGCCAACAACACAGGUCACUGUGACCUGAUGGCUCAGCCCCUUCCCAGGCUCACCACCACCUCCACACCCCCAACCACAACCGUCCCUGACCUCCCCACGUCCCCUACCUCCACCCCCAUAGCCCCGGGGUUCCUACAGAUCGACCACAUGCACGACAGCACGAUCCCCGCCCGUACCACCCCGGCUGUAACCCCAGCGUCACACCACGUGACAGGUUCUCUACAACCCUCUCACGUGACCACCACAUCACGUGACACGGACCACGGACCACCGUAUUCCAACAUCCACGAGCAAAACCACACCGCCCACAAUUUUUCUGUUGCCAGGAGAGAUGGGUCAUCAGACAGCGACACGACCCAGCUGGGACUGAUCAUAGCCGGGGCCAUAGCAGGCGUGGCUGGCCUCAGCAUCGUCAUCGUCUGCGCCACUUACAAAAUGGUGCACCGCCCAGCCGUAGGGCGGGCUAGCCGGUGCGGAAGUGACGUCACCAUGGGCAGCAGCUGGGAGUCCCAGGGUAGCUCCGGCACCGACAGCCUGAGGAUGAAACGCAUGAUUGAAGCAGACGAGAGUCUGAGUGACUCUGGUGACGUCAUCUACGUCAUCAAAAGCGGGGAGAGCCCCGGGGAGGGGGGCUGCACGGAGAUGGGAAAUGACGCUGGUGUUUAUCUAAACCACGUGACAGCCGGCGAUGAUGAACGCCCAGGGGAGGGUGAUAAAGGCCGGGUUCAUGGCUCACCGCACCGGUACACACGUUCUGAUUACGUCAGCGGUGACGUGGUUAACAACGCGCACUCAGCAAGGACAAAUACAAAUGUAGAUUUCGAUGAUGAACUCGGCAGUUCUUACCUAACUACGUUACACACUAGACCUCUAUCUGUGUAUAGAAUUAGUAGCGUUUUGACGUCAUCGAGGCAACAUUACAAAGACACACCCCCGGGGUCACCCUUAGCCCAAUCACCGACGGCACCCACCACCACCACAACGACCACGCAUGGGAACAGAACGAUACGAACAAGCGCUCUCUUAACCCACCAUACAACUAAACCUGGAUCAAAACCCAAACAGAAUGGAGAGAUGAACACAAAUUCUAACUACGCUCAUAAUUACAGCUCCAACAGCAAUCAAAAUGUUGGACAUCCACAGUAUUCUAGAUCCGGGGCUUCUGGGAUAGAUUCUUCCCACCAAACUAGCAACAACAACCUCUAUUCUAUCGAAGCAGACAUUCAUAAUAACACGGACACAACCAAUCCUGCUCACCAAGGGGCAAUACCAAAACCUAAUUCUCAAAACAUCCGCUUCGACCCUAAAAACUUAACCCCCAAACUACACCUACGCCAUCAACUAACCGCGCGUCUAUCUGGCGUCAGUUCUUUAACCUCGACGCCAGAGCUACGAAGACAUGGGGUAGUGCCUGACUCUAACCUAACUCUACCCACCAGUCGGUUGAACCUUCCCACACCAACCACCCCAGCUCCUUCACCCCGCGGUAUUUCAAACACAUCCCGUUUCCAAGAUCUCAGACAAGACGACGCCGCCAGUAGACACCGUCUAUUGAGACUACAGCCAGAGAUUUCCAGAAGUCAAGAAGCAAUACCAGAUCUCAUCCCCACGGUGCUUAAAGCCACGGACCUUAACCAGCUGGCACUGAAGCAAGACUUGCAGCACAUCAAGACCAAACUCCUGCAGUUCCAGAGGAGGCUGGAUCAAGGUCUCCAGCAGGACGUCACUCGACGCAGGCGCAGUAGCACGUCUUCAGUGAGCAGCGGGGAGGAGAAGGACGACAAGGUGUAA